AUGCGAUACGCGCAAUUAGUUGUAGGGCCAGCUGGGAGCGGCAAGUCGACGUACUGCUCGACAAUUGUGAAGCAAGCCAUGGACACUAAACGUAUAAUAGAGGUAGUUAACUUAGACCCAGCAGCGGAACACUUUGAUUACGAGCCUCUGGUUGAUAUCAGAGAGCUUAUACAUUUAGAUGAUGCGAUGGAAGAUGAGGAACUGAAGUUUGGUCCCAAUGGAGGACUAGUGUUUUGUUUAGAGACUUUGUUAGAAAACUGUGACUGGCUUGAAGAACAACUAGGUGAUGUAGAUGAUGACUACAUACUAUUUGAUUGUCCGGGCCAAAUAGAACUGUACACUCACUUGCCUGUUAUGAGAAAGCUUGUUGAUGUUUUGCAGCGGUGGAAUUUUAGAAUUUGUGUUGUCUUUAUGAUUGAUUCCCAGUUCAUGGUAGAUGGUGCUAAAUUCUUAUCAGGUACAAUGGCAGCACUCAGUGUUAUGGUCAAUUUGGAAUUGCCCCAUGUUAACAUUUUAACUAAAAUGGACCUGCUCAGCAAGUCGGCAAGGAAACAACUUGAUAAUUAUUUAGACCCAGAUCCUCACAUUUUAUUAGCAGAUAUGAGAAAUUCAAAAUCAAAAUGGCACCAGAAGUAUGCUAAACUUACAGAGUCAAUUGGGGAAGUCAUUGAGAACUUCAGCUUGGUCAGAUUCUAUCCUCUUAAUAUAAGGGAAGAAGAAAGCAUAGACAACAUAUUGCUAACUAUAGACAAUAUCAUACAAUAUGGGGAAGAUGCCGACGUGAAAAUAAGAGAUUUUGAUGAGCCUGAAGAUGAAGACAAUGAU